UCACAGGAACAGUGACACUCUACAAUGGUAUUCAGACAACCUUCUCUUUUUCACACACAUACACACACAGAGAGAGACAGAACAUACACAUUUAGCUGUCUAAAUAAGGACUUACUUUAGAUAUGUAGUAUUUUUAUUUGAAGUUUAUGAUGACAUAUACCUAAUAUGUCAAAUGAAUUAAUAUGUUUCUCAUUUUUACAUACACGUUUGGUUUUCAUGUUUUAUGCAGACAUCCCAUAGACAUAAUGAUUUUUAUACUGUAAACCACCAACCUAACCAUCACAGAAAACUUUCUGCAUUUUUAUAUUUUCAAAAAACAUAAUUUAGUAUGAUUUAUAAGCCGUUUUCCUCAUAAGGACCAAAAAAUGGAUUUCAGGUAUUGCCAUAACGUAGGGUAUACCUGAACCAUACAUACAAACACAAACAUGUACGUAUGUAUGAUUAUAUAUAUAUAUAUAUAUAAACAGUUAAUAUAUAUUUGAAUGUAUAAAUAAAAAAAUAUUCUACAUACACUUAUUGUAGUUGAAAAUAGUUGUGCUGAUUAAUAUUUUUGUGUAAACUGUGAUACUUUCUUUUUUUUCAGGAUUCUUUAAUAAAUAGAAAGUUCAAACAAACAGCAUUUAUCUGAAAUAGAAAUCUUUUGAAACAUUAUAAAUGUCAGUUUUGAUCAACUUAGUCAGGAGAUCAGUUUUAUCAGUGAAAGUGUUAGUAUAAUGAUAUCCAUUCCUGAAACCAGGAAGUCCUCAGAUCCAGGUGCCAAAUACACAAUGCCCAUGUGGAUCCAGAAAGAUGUUUCAGUUGGUGAGUGACAAAAGACCUCUGCGGGAACUGUUACUGGUCAGGAUAGUGAGGGGGCCAGGGCAAAAAGGCCAAAAGGGCUGGGGGCAGUUGUGGGUUCUUGGGGGCAGCGCUCCAGUUCCAAGGAAAGAAACUUCCAUGAAAGCAGGCCCUUAUCUCUGCCUCACACAGCCAGCUGAGCGGCUCUGUGUCAUGAGGGUACAACUCAAAAAGGACCGCCUCUCUUUCUGCCCAGACGGCUUAUUCCUUUUUAUUUACAAACUUAGAAUGAAUUUCUUUCAGAUCAUCUACAAAAGCAUAUAUAUACAAUUAUCUUCAUUCCCAAAAAAUUACAUAACUCAUCCUCAAGACUCUAAAAUCAUGUCUAGUCAAAAGUCUUAUCCCAAAGAUAAGUCCGAGUGAGAGAACACAGAAUGUUCUUGUCUAUGGGUUGCAGACUGUAAGAGGAUCUAUCGCACUGAAAUAAUUUCCAGUCUGUCCCUCCUCCCCACCACUGCAUCCACAACAUAUAUAACCAAUAAAGCUCUUCACUCAUGUCGUCAACACAAGGCUGUUCACCAUCGGUCCCUGGGGAAUUUCUCGUUUGUUUUUAGAAUAGUGGCUUUCAACAAGUAACUAGAAAGUAACUACAAUGGUUGUCAGACUCUCUAAGCAUAUAAACUUGUUGCAGUUCUUAUGUAUGUUAUGAUAGAUGCUAUAAGAAAUAAGAAAAACUGAAAUAUUGUGAAAAUUUUUGAAAUAUAUGUUUUCUGUUUAAAUAUAUUUUAAAAUGUAAUUUAUUCCUGUGUUAUCACAUGAUCCUUCAGAAAUCAUUCUAAUAUGCUGAUUUGCUGCUCAAGAAACAUUUCUUAUUACUAUCAAUGUUUUGCUGCUUAAUAUUUUUAUGUAAACCAUGGUACAUUUUGUUUAGAAUUCUUUGAUGAACAGAAAGUUAAAAAGAAUAGCAUUUAUUUGAAAUGGACAUCUUUUGUAACCUUAUACUAAAUGUCUUUCUGUUCACUUGUUAUCAAUUUAAAGGUGCAAUAUGUAAUAUUUUCAAUAUGUAAAAUGUCCGCUAGAGGUCGCUAGAGGCCUAUUCAAAACAAAGUCGUAGCUUGAUGACGCCAAGUUUGAGCGCGGAAUCUUGGGACAUGUGGUCUUCACCUCAACAGCCGGUGGGAAAGAAUUGGGAUAGGACACGGGAAGAAAUCAUGUUUAUGGAUGCGAUUAUUAACGUUAGUAUGAAGCAGAGCAGGACCGAGUGUUGUGGGAGCUGAACGAGGCCGCUGGAGCGAUUGCGCAACACACGCCUCACGAGCAGCGGAACUUUUAUUAUGCCACAGUCGCCGGCGCUGCUUCCGCUUUUCCGGUCAUGAGUAUGAGGUAACACAGCUCUGUUUAUCAUAUUAGAUACAUUUGAGUCUGUUGAAAAUUAUGUUAGGACGUUACUCUGUGCGUUCGCUCGGUGGCUGCAGUGAGACACUUGUUGCAUACUGCAGUAAGCUAGAUCGAUUUUAGAAUAUCAUAUUAAUAAAUGCUGGAUGGCUUGUGUUGAUAAAUAGCAUGCAAUUAAUUUUAAAAAAUGUUUGUAUGAUGGAGAAAAUGCUGUAUUACUGUUACUAAAAAAAAAGCUGCAUCUGAUUAUGCUAUGUUAGCUACUUCACAAAAUAGUGUUUUUCUCUGAGGCAUGGUAAAGCAUGGUACUCGCAAAAAAUCAAGAAAAUUAGAUUUAAACAAUAAGACUAAACGUGUUGAGCUAUAUAAAAAUAAUUAGUUUUUCUGUCUAUAAAUACAUCAAAACCGUUGUUCCCUUGUCUAUUAAAACGUAAAUAUUAAAGCGUCUUUGGUGUUUCCAUGGUUUCUACAAAAUAAAACUGGAAACUGAGGGUAACGCGGGUAUGACGCAAUUGACAGGCGACUCCUCACACGUCCCGGAGCCUUGGUUAAAAUUGCAAUUUUCUCAUGAUUUACAAAUAGUUGCAAACUUUUGGGAUAUUGUAAAUACUCAAGUGAAAAAAAUAUAUAUAACACCGGCCUAGUGGUUUUUGGAUAUUUUACUGCAAAAUUCUUACAUAUUGCACCUUUAAUGCAUCAUUGGCGAAUAAAUUGUCUCAAAAUUCACAUUUGAGUGUGCAAUUUAUGUUGUAGAACAAAAUGUAAAGUAAUGUUACAAUAUACCUUAUAUAUAUAUAUAUAUAUAUGUAGUAAUAAUUCAUAGAGAGAGUAACGCAUGAUACGUUAGACAGAGGUGAAAGAAGAGGAUGUGUACCUGACCUCAAAGCCACAGCUCCCAUAAGUAAUAGUGUGACUCAAAGGUACUAGCUAAGUUUGUCUGUGUUUUGUGAGGUAAAUUAGUCGAAACCACGUUUCAGUUGAGGAGAACUGGUCUCAAUAUUCACUGUUACAACUUACAGUUUUGGCCUCCACACCCUUAACUGACACAGAGCAAGACACCUCCCAUGUGAGGACCUCUGACAUUGCGGGUUCUGCCAAGUGUUUGCCUCUAUAUUCUGUACUUUGAAAGCAAAAUGAAUGAUGAAAAGCUACGCUUAUACUGUGGCGGUACCAUGGUAUAGUAAAUGGUAUCACAUGGAUACACCAUGGUACUUUGAUAGCCUGUAUAGCCUAUAUGGUACUGAAUUAUUAUCAAAUGUAUGGUAGCCUAUUGUGUGUGGAACUCCAGUUAUUUAGAAGUUAUUUCAAAGAUUAUCAGUAAUCUGUAAAAGAUGACCAGAACAUGAUUUUUUUUGUUAUUAAAAGUCAGAGUUUCAAAAUAAAACAGGUGUAAAAUGUGUGAGAGGAUUUUUGUUUGCUUGUUUUACCUGUAUCUGAGAUCGGCCGAGCAACAAGACGAACACUGCAAAACUUUACCGUACGCCUAAUAACGAUGUUGAAAUCUUCUGAGGUCAUUUUCACUACAAUCGAUGAGAUGCAAGAUGGCGCCAUUUGCAUUUGUAAAAGUUCGCGACUCGGCGGUGAGAUCUGAGAGACAUGAACGUAGCGCCGGUCGACCAAUCAAAAUCAAGUAUUGAAGAGCAAGGCUAAUGUACAUCUUGAUUAGUGUUUCUGCGUUUACCUUUUAAUGCAUUUUUAUUUCAAGUCAUAUUCGAAGAACAAAUAUAUAAACAAACGGUAAUAGGGUAAGAUGUGAUAAUAGAUAUAAGUUUAGCAUGUGCAGGAUGAUGAUGAUGAUUAUGAUAUAUUAGCCAAUGCGAUAUUAAGGAAAAUAAAUAAAAACAUUUGCUAAAUUACUUGUCAUAGCACAAAAUGUAAAAUUAUUCCAAGAGGCCAUCUACCCCACUACUGGGGUAAGCUUUUACAAAGUGUCCAUCUUACAUCUUACCCCAUCCUACCAUUAACUUAGAUAAAUAAAUGCUGUAAAUGUUGUUAAUUUUUUGAUACUAAUGGUUUAAAUGCAUUAUUCUGUCACAUUUGGUCUACUAAAAAAUGAAGAGCAAUGCUAUUGUAUUGUCUCAAGUGGGCCUAUUUUAAAAUACCUAAGAAACUAAAGAAACUAAACUGCCUAAGAAGGGCAAAACAUCAUAAAUUUUUGUUAGCCUACUACACCUCCUGAUUAGUUUAGCAAGGCGUUUGUUUACCUUACACUGCUAAGUUGGUUAACCAUUACCUAUUUUGCCAUGUUUUCUUAUGGAUCAGUGAUAUGAACAGGACAUACGCUACAGUCUGAAAUGCAACAAGGAGAAGUGUUGACUGAGAUGAGUUCCUUCUUGACCUCCUUUCAUUGAAGACAGCUUUGGUUAUUUUUAUCAUGACUGAGUGGAGCACACCACACUUGAAAGUGAUUCUUAUCGGAAACUCUGGAGUGGGAAAAUCUUCAUUUAUGACCCGGUUUGUUGACUAUCGCUUUACUAAUUUGUAUCGUGCCACAAUUGGGGUAGAUUUCUUUGCUAAAGAAAUCACUAUUGAUAAAAGAUCAGUGAUUCUUCAGUUGUUUUUGCAUCAGAUCUGGGACACUGCAGGUACAGAGAGGUUUCAUUCCCUGGGUACUGCACUGUAUCGUGGAGCUCACUGCUGCCUCCUAGUGUUUGAUGUUACCUCAUCCAUCUCCUUUGAUGCACUAGAAGUCUGGAAGAAAGAGUUCCUGGUGCAGGCAUGUCCUUCUGACCCCACUGCCUUCCCUUUCAUAGUGAUCGGCAAUAAAAUUGACUUGGAUCAUCAUGAGGUGUCCCCAAACAAAGCCCAGCAGUGGUGCAGUGAAAUCGGAGCUGAAUAUUUUGAAUGCAGUGCCAAGGAAGACAUUGGAGUGGACACGACCUUUCACAGUGCAGCACGAGCGGCCCUGCACUUGAAAGUCACCAUGUGGAGAAUGGAGAAGACAUCCAGAUUAUACAGAAACAGGAUAUGAAACUAAAUAAAAAAUGCUAUUGUUGAAGCAAGGACAAGCUCUUGUGAUACUGUUCUGUUAAAGUCAACAUGAAAUUAAAACUUUAUUUUUUUAUGGAAUAUUGCAGUAUUUAUUAUAAAUGAUUUAUCUCUGCACAUCAUUGACUUUUUUGUCGUUUGUGAAGCUGGAUAUACGGAUGUGUCACAAUAGGGAAAAAAGACUAUUGCAGCUUCUGUUUCAUGCCAAUUUUAACAAUCACAAUAAAUAUAAAUUUUUAAUAAUUGCUCUAAUACUAUGAGAACAGUGAAGUCUAUACCACAGCUAUAACAAUAAAGUUGUUGAAAUCACUUUUCAUGACCAUUUUAGUCAGUGUAAAAAUUUACUAAAAUUCAUAACGAUGAAAUAGACAAGAUUUAAAAGAUAUUUUCAUCAAAAACUAACUUAAAAAAAAAAAAAGUGCAAGAGACUUUUGUAUAUGAAAAUAAAACCUCUUAAACUGUCAUAUGCAUACUAUGCUGGGAUAUCAUUCCUUUAUUUCAGAACAAAUAUCUCCAUGUUAAUGCAAACGAUUUAACCACCUUAUCUGUUCAGCUUUCUGAAGGGCAUUUCAAAUAUAGCUACUCAAAUUCACAAUUCUGCAAGACACUGCUGGGGGUGGAAUUAACUCCCACGAUGUGCUGCAUGAAACUAAAAGAAAUUGGUCAUAAUUAAUCAGGGAGACAGUUUAUAUAUUUCGGUUUCUUUUAUAAGUCAAGACAAAAAAGGCAAUCAGGAGAUGACCAACAUGUAAAAACGUUGUACAGGUAAAUAUAUAAAAGGCCAGAAUAUCAUCUUCACUUCUUGCGGUAUGAAUGAACUAUAUUACAGUCAAAUCCGAACUUGGCUUUUACCAAGAAUGAGAACAGCCAUCCUCACUCACAUGGAGACAUACAGGUAUACACUGAACAUUUAGUUUGCAUACCUCUCAGAUAAUCAAAAGGAGAAAAAAAAAAAAAAAAAAAAAAAAAAAAAGUAGAAA